GGCGGGAGAUGUAAAACAUGGACCUGCCCGAGUGUGGGAGAGUAAUGUCUAUAUCGAGCAUUCCACUGGAGGAAUCUGUGAGUUUGACAAGCAGAGUUAGAAAUAUCAGAGUCACAGGAAGAUUAACUCAUCAUAACUGUGUAAAACGACAGGCUACUUUGUCCGACCCGCAGUCAAAUUCUUCUGUGUGUAUAGACACUACCCUUGUUGAACCAUUGGAGGGAACAGUUGGCUCUCUAUUUCAGGCGAUUGGGGAACUGGAACCGUCAAAGAAUGGCCCAGUUAUUAAAGCCAGUAUCAUGAGGUGUGUGGACGGAUUAGACCUUCCGAUGUAUAAUCGUGCAUUGGAAAUCCAGCAACAAUAUUUACAAUCCAGAAUCAGUUGAGAGGACCGAGGAGGACAUUCCUUAAUUCUUUUAUAGAAUCAUCAAUGAAGCUAUUGUCAAAUAAAAAACAAAAAUAUUUCUUUGUUAUUUGGAGCUCAAAUUUAUUGGUAUCGAUAAACGGUUAUGAUGCUUAUCACCCAAAUUAUGGAGUCCAUGAACAAGUAUACAGGUAUAAUUUAUAUGUUUAGGUGUUUGUUACCAAAACUUAUUGGAAUCCGUGAAACCAGUAUUAAAUAUGGAAGGAAUGGGGGUUAAUUUAUGUUAUAAACUGGAACAUUAUCAUUCUGUAUAUUGCAUAUCGUUUAAUAAAUAUUGAUCGAAUC